UGAUGCUCCAACGUGAACAUGGGUUCUAUACAAGCUCCAUCACUUAUAAUGUACAAUAAGAUGCUCAAAUCUUUUGCCGAAACCAAAAACUUCACGAAAGUUUUGGCUUUGUUCGGCGAAUUGCGAGGACAAGGCUUGUGUCCGGAUAAUUUCACUUUACCGGUUGUUCUGAAAUCAAUCGGACGUUUAAGGGACGUUAAAGAAGGUGAGAAAGCCCAUGGUUAUGCUGUGAAAGCUGGGCUUAAAUUCGAUUCUUACGUAUGUAAUUCACUCAUGGGAAUGUAUGCCGCAUUGGGUAAGAUGGAGAUCACUCGUAAACUGUUCGACGAAAUGCCUGAACGAGAUAUUGUUUCUUGGAACGGGUUGAUUUCUAGUUACGCUGGGCAUGGGAGGUUUGAUGAUGCUAUUGAUGUUUUCAAGAGGAUGAGUAAAGAGAGCAACUUGAAGCCUGAUGAAAGUACGAUUGUGAGCACUCUCUCAGCUUGCUCUGCUUUGAAAAAUUUGGAAGUCGGUGAAGGGAUUCAGAGGUAUGUUGUGACACAGUUUGAGAUGAGUGUUAAGAUAGGGAAUGCGUUGAUUGAUAUGUUCUGUAAAUGCGGGUGUCUCGAUAAGGCUAGACCAGUUUUCGAUUCGAUGAGGAACAAAAACGUCAAGUGUUGGACUAGCAUUGUUACUGGAUAUGUUAGUAACGGUAGGAUUGAUGAGGCUAGAGAGCUGUUUGAGAGAAGUCCAGUGAAAGAUGUUGUCUUGUGGACAGCUAUGAUGAAUGGGUAUGUUCAGUUUAACCGGUUUGAUGAGGCGUUGGAACUGUUCAGAUGCAUGCAAACAGAGGGUAUUAAGCCUGAUAACUUCGUUCUAGUCUCUCUCUUGAAAGGUUGUGCGCAGACGGGAGCUCUAGAUCAAGGGAAGUGGAUCCAUGGGUACAUAGAUGAGAACAGAGUUACGGUGGAUAAAGUAGUUGGUACUGCUCUUGUAGACAUGUAUGCAAAAUGUGGGUGCAUAGAAACAGCUCUAGAGGUUUUCUAUGAAACCAAGGAGAGAGACACUGCUUCUUGGACAUCACUUAUCUACGGUCUUGCAAUGAACGGGAUGUCAGGGAGAGCGAUAGACUUGUAUCACGAGUUGGAGAAUGUUGGUAUCAGAUUAGAUGAUAUAACCUUUGUGGCGGUUUUAACAGCGUGUAAUCACGGUGGAUUUGUAGCAGAAGGACGUAGAGUCUUUCACUCGAUGACCAAAGUGCAUAAGAUCCAGCCUAAAGCAGAGCACUACAGCUGUCUGAUUGACCUACUGUGCAGAGCUGGUUUGUUAGAAGAAGCAGAGGAACUGAUAGAUGAGAUGAGAAAUGAAAGAGAUGAAACUCUGGUUCCUGUGUACUGUUCUUUGCUAAGCGCUGCUAGGAACUAUGGGAAUGUUGAGCUAGCUGAACGAGUAGCUAAGAAGCUGGAGAAAGUGGAAGUUAGUGAUUCAAGUGCUCAUACUCUGCUAGCGAGUGUGUAUGCAUCUGCCAAUAGAUGGGAAGAUGUGACGAAUGUGAGAAGGAAAAUGAAAGAUUUGGGAAUCAGAAAGCUUCCUGGAUGCAGUUCUGUGGAGAUUGAUGGUGUUCCUCAUGAAUUUAUUAGUGUUGAAGAUCACCCAAAAAUGGAUGAGAUAAACACAAUGCUUCAUCAAACUGCAAAUUGA